AUGAAAUUUCCAAGAUUAAAAAUCAAACCAGUAUCUGAAAUAAUCAAAAAGAGUUAUGAUAAUAGUAGAAACAAAAAAUCUUUAUUGGAUGCAUUAUAUUACACAUGGGUUCUUGGAAAAGAUGAAAAAUUUCUUUUAGAAAAUAAAUAUACAAGAAAAAGAAUUGAAGAAACUGAUGCUCUAACAAAAGAAUUAAUAAACUACCUAUAUGAUGAACAACCGAGAAAGAAAGCAAAUAUUUCAACAAACAGACUUAAAAAAGAUAAAAU